AUGGCCCCUAAAAGAAGAAGGGAAGAUGAAUUUGCAUAUGAAAAUCAAGGGAAUUUGAAAAAUCUUCGAAGCGAUAUCUUGUUCGAGAUUUACAAACACCUCGAUGAUGAUAACACCGACAACGAGUUCGAGCUUCGAAGGAUGCGCUCUGUUUGCACUUCAUGGCGCUCUUCUCUUUUGCCCCUAAAGAAACCUCUUCGGUUUCCUCUUAAACUCCCACCGCCGCCUUCUUCCUUAUACUCAAAAAGUCGCUCCAAUGUACCUUUCACGACUGCAUACCUUUCGCGAAGCAAUAUUUUAUUAUUUCCCCCUCCUCCGGGUGUAGAACGCCAAGAAAGUGGUUGGAUUGUAAAGGUUGAACAACGGGCUGAAUCGAGUAUAUUGUACCUAGAAAACCCGUUGCUUACGCUGCCUGCAUCAUUCGAGCACCCUACAUUGCGUAGAGGAUCUUUCGAUAUGAUCGAUUGCAAUGUCAAGGAAAUAACCAAGUCUUAUUGGUUUGAAUAUGGUAGAUCCAAUGAACAAAACCCGAGAAAAGCUAAAGCAGUUAUAUGUUGGAAUAAUAAUUCUAAAGAAAAGGAUGAUGAUUUCACCGUAUUGGUUUUGUUUGAAGUAGGAAAGUUGGGUUUGUGGAGGCCAGGCGAAGCCGAAUGGAGUAUUAUACCAGAUCCUUUUAUAGAGAUUAUAUAUCAUGAAGAUGAAGAAGUAAUAAACAAUGGUCAUUUCUCCGAUAUUAUCAAUUUCGAGGGUAAAUUUUAUGCUAUAACCAGGGAAGCAAAGUUAAUAAUGAUUGAUCCCACGACUUACGAGGUAAGGGAUUUGAUCACAGUAGAGUUAGAUUUGGACUGCGAUUUGGACUUGUUAUCAUAUUUAGUUGAAUUGAAUGGACAGCUUUACUUAGUUUAUAAAGAACAUGUUUUUUUACAAAAACACAAGCGACCCAGUGUUGUUGGAGUUUGUAAGUUGGAGACUUACAGUGGGAAAAAUAAUAAUCAGAUAUGCACUUGGAAGGUGGUCUCGAACAUAGAAGAUCAUGUUUUCUAUGUUAGUGAGUAUGUGACCUUUUCUAUCGCGGUGGAAGGUUUAGGCUGGCCUGAAGGUAACUAUGUUCUUUUGCCAUAUGAUCAUAGCUACGGUCUACGCACUCAUCGGUUCUUUAGCGUGGAUGAAAAUUUAAUAGAUGACAAGAUAGGACAGGGAAAGUGGUCCGGUGAAAAAUAUUUUGGAGAUUGUUUGGCAUUUUACCGUUUACAAGAUUCAAAAAUUGGUUUCAAGAGAAAAGAGGUUGCUCCAUUCGCCAAGAUUUUCUGGCCCCCUCCUCAUUGGCUUCUUAGUAAAUUAAUGUAG